CACGCUCGUUUCUUUCAAAUGAAGUACAUGAAGCCAUUAAACUUGUUCCAAGAAUUGGUAAAGUCACGGGGUCGUUUGCUUGGUUUGGAUGUGGGCAAUAAGUAUGUUGGUUUAGCUGUCUCAGAUGUACAAAAUAAAUUAGCAUCACCACUGAGUGUGUUGAUUCGCAAAAAAUCGAAUAUUGACUUGAUGGCCACUGAUUUCCAGUCUCUUAUCUCUGAGCUUUCCUUGAAGGGAUUCAUUUUUGGCUACCCUUUUGAUCGACAACGAAACAAUCCAGAUGCUGUGCAAGUUAAACUUCUGAUUGAUGAUCUUUGUGAAACUGGAAAACUUGUUGACCUAAAAUACACGUUUUGGGAUGAAAGCUUCUCAUCCAAGAGUGUAGAAAUGUUACUGAAGCCUUUAAAUUUGCAUCCGGUUCAGUCGAAGACUAUAGUGGACAAAUUUGCUGCUGUUGAAAUACUCCAGGGGUACUUGGAUUAUGUCAAUAGAAAUGAGAAGAUGAAGUUAUCAGCUAGAAGUGAUGCAACAAAGGAUAGUGAAGAGGCAACUGAUGAAGAUGGAAUUAAACCUUCAGUUGCAUGAAUGUAUUUCAUUUAGCCUGUAGAUUGCAGCAUAGAAAUGAAUGAAGAAAGAAUUGAUGUUAUUCACUUAUUCAAGCAAAAAGGGGAAACAAAAGCAUUAAAUAUUAGAAUUGUGUUUUCAUUCUAACUUGAUUCUAAGGAAAGUGAAGCCAUAUACCUAA